AUGGCCAGUGAUCUGACCCCUGUUGUGUCGGUCUCUCCUCCUCCCUCAGUGGUGGUCCAUCCUGGAGAUAAUGUCACUCUGCAGUGCACCAAUGUCACUGGAGCUCCAGGACACGUUGGCUGGUUCAAGCAAGUCAACUACUCAGAGCCCCUAGGCAUCGCGUCUAUGUUUAGCUCCGAGUCAACUGUCCAGCAUCACAAUGGUUUUCAGCCCAGCCAUAUGGAAAUGUUUGUCAGCCAUAUAAUAAUCUUCCUCAAAAUCACAGUGUUGGAUGUAGCUGAUUCUGGUCUUUACUUCUGUGGAAUGUUGGAUAAAUACGUCAUUUUCACCAAUGCAACUCUCCUGAAGGUCCAAGUUCAUGCGCUAGAUGGGACUGAGCCCUCUGCCAUAAAACAGGAGAGUGGUCUCAUGUCAGCCAAUGUUGGAGACACAGUGGUUCUGCACUGCCUCUAUAAAAGCGACAUGGCCAUGCAUUUCUCCUGGUACAAGCAACCCUUCGGAGAAAAACCUCAUCUCAUCUCAACCAUCUAUAAGUAUGACAAAGGUGCUACAUUUUACCAUGAGUUUAAGGAUAACCCUCGCUUCUCAGUGCAAAGCAGCAAAGGAAUAAAUCACCUCAGCAUUUCAGACAUGAAAAGCUCGGAUUCAGCCACGUACUACUGUGGAAGUGCACACUCAAAUGUGGUGGAAUUUGGAAAAGGAACCAUUCUCAAUGUAAAAGAGUUCAACAGUAAGACUGUGCUCCAGCAGUCUGUAUCUGAGUCAGUCCAGCAAGGAGACUCUGUGACUCUGAAUUGUACAAUACACACUGAGACCUGUACAGGAGAACACAGUGUCUAUUGGUUCAGACAUGGCUCAGGAGAAUCCCUUCCAGGAAUCAUUUACACCCAUGGAGACAGGGGUGAUCAGUGUGAGAACAGCCCUGAGGCUGGGUCUCCUACACAGAGCUGUGUCUACAAUCUCCCCAAGAGGAACCUCAGCCUCUCUGAUGCUGGGACUUACUACUGUGCUGUGGCUUCAUGUGGGGAAAUACUGUUUGGAGACGGGACCAAGCUGUACAUUCAUGAUCUGACCCCUGUUGUGUCUGUCUCUCCUCCUCCCUCAGUGGUGGUCCAUCCUGGAGAUAAUGUCACUUUGCAGUGCACCAAUGUCACUGGAUCUCCAGGACACGUUGGCUGGUUCAAGCAAGUCAACGACUCAGAGCCCCUAGGCAUCGCGUCUAUGUACAGCUCUGAGUCAACUGUCUGGCAUCACAAUGGUUUUCAGCCCAGCCAUAUGGAAAUGUUUGUCAGCCAUAGAAUAAUCUUCCUCAAAAUCACAGAGUUGGAUGUAGCUGAUUCUGGUCUUUACUUCUGUGGAGUGUUUGAUAAAUACAUCAUCUUCACCAAUGCAACUGUCCUGAAGGUCCAAGGUCACAACAAUUCAGAAAAGGACCUUACAGAGCACUGUGAAGAAGGAAUGUACCUCAAUCCACUGGUUUUGAUCCUGGGUGUUGUGACUGCGGCACUGCCUAUAGUAAUCCUCAUCCUGGUCCUCAAGAUUAGACGAGACACAAACAGACACAACACAGGACCUGAUUCUCAACGACAAACACAAAAUGAUCAGAACCAAGAUCCAGAUGCAUUGAAUUAUGCCGCCCUGAAUUUAACCUCCAAGAAGAGGAAGAUGGAGAGGAGAAGAGAGAAGGAGCUGGACCCCCAUGUAGUAUAUGCUGCUACAAGAUGACAAAGUGGAGGAGGAUGGAAGAGGAGGAAAAUCGGUUGGCCAUAUCUUUGAAUAUAAGUUGAAAUCUUACUGUAUUGUAUAUGUGUAAUUAUAUUACAUGUAUUAAAAUGUAAAUCAAUCAAUCUCUGCAGUAUAUAUUUAAGCAAUAAGGC